CUUAUUGGAUUCUCAAAUAUUCAGGCAGUGUCAUAAUCGGUUGGACUUGGACACUAGCUGCUUCUUCAGCUAGCUCCGUUCCUCCUCCAUCUCAUUCUCAUUCUCCCAAAUCUUCAUUCACAAGACAAAAUGGGUUGUCAUGGUAGCAAGGAGAAAAAAUCAAACACUUCCUAUGGAUCAGCAGCCACUGGUAGUGGUAGUGGUAGUGGCAGUGGUGGUGGUUACAACACUGUUCAGCCAUCACCACCUACUACCGAUCAGGUUCAAGCAUCAGCACAGACUCCAGAAAACCGAAAAGCUUCUCCUACAGUGCAGAAGAAAGCAGACACAAGCAUCGUGGGGAAACCCUUUGACGACAUAAAGAAAUACUACAGUAUAGGGAAGGAAUUGGGAAGGGGCCAAUUCGGGAUAACGUAUCUGUGCACGGAGAAUUCGAGCGGGGGGACGUACGCGUGCAAGUCGAUACUGAAGAGGAAGCUGGUCUCGAAGGCGGACAGGGAGGACAUGAAGAGGGAGAUUCAGAUCAUGCAGCAUUUGUCGGGGCAACCCAACAUUGUCGAGUUCAAGGGCGCCUUCGAGGACCGCUUCUCCGUUCACCUCGUCAUGGAACUCUGCUCCGGCGGGGAGCUCUUCGAUCGUAUCAUCGCCCAGGGUCACUACUCCGAGAGAGCCGCUGCCUCUCUCUGCCGCUCCAUCGUCAACGUUGUCCACAUUUGCCACUUCAUGGGCGUCAUGCACCGCGAUCUCAAGCCCGAGAAUUUCUUGCUCUCUACCAAGGACGACCACGCCACCCUCAAGGCUACUGAUUUUGGUCUCUCUGUCUUCAUUGAACAAGGGAAGGUUUACCAUGAUAUGGUUGGCAGUGCUUACUAUGUUGCUCCUGAGGUAUUGCGUCGUAGUUAUGGAAAGGAAAUAGAUAUUUGGAGCGCAGGCAUCAUAUUGUAUAUUCUUCUGAGUGGUGUACCGCCUUUUUGGGCUGAAACUGAAAAGGGAAUAUUUAACGCCAUAUUGGAAGGUGAAAUUGAUUUUGUAAGUGAACCAUGGCCAUCGAUAUCAGACAGUGCUAAAGAUCUAGUCAGGAAGAUGCUGACACAGGAUCCAAAGAAGCGGAUUACUUCUGCUCAAGUUCUUGAACACCCAUGGAUGAGAGAAGGUGGAGACGCAUCUGAUAAACCAAUCGAUAGUGCAGUUCUAUCCAGAAUGAAACAAUUCAGGGCAAUGAAUAAGCUCAAGAAGCUAGCAUUGAAGGUUAUCGCUGAAAAUCUAUCAGAAGAGGAGAUUAAAGGUCUCAAAGCAAUGUUUGCCAAUAUGGACACUGACAGUAGUGGCACCAUCACCUAUGAAGAACUGAAGACUGGCUUGGCUCGAAUCGGAUCAAGACUAUCCGAGGCUGAAGUGAAGCAACUCAUGGAUGCUGCUGAUGUUGAUGGAAAUGGGUCAAUUGACUAUCUUGAAUUCAUUUCUGCUACAAUGCAUAGGCACAGACUUGAACGUGAUGAACAUCUUUACAAAGCAUUCCAGUAUUUUGAUAAGGAUAACAGUGGAUAUAUUACUAGAGAUGAAUUGGAGACUGCUAUGACCCAACAUGGAAUGGGUGAUGAAGCAACAAUAAAGGAAAUAAUCUCUGAGGUGGAUACAGAUAAUGAUGGGAGAAUAAACUAUGAGGAGUUCUGUGCAAUGAUGAGAAGUGGAAUGCCACACCAGGGACAGCUACUUUAAAUCCACUGAAUUAUCAUUAAUAAUUCAUAAUGAAAGCCGAUCGGUUGAGCAGUGACUUAUUAUUGUUGGGAAAAAGCAUUAUCUCCAGGAAUGUGUGACAGGCCACUUCAUGCAUCGAUGAUUUCUAUGCAAUCCCAAUUUUCGUACUAGGUUGCUAUUGUGCCUGUCAUGCUAAAAGUGGAUUUCUUGUUCUGUACUUCUGUAUACAUUUAGUUUCCGGCUGUCACAUUUUGCAAGUGUCUUAUCGAAGCCUGAAUUUUUAUGUUAAAGAUAUAAGAUACUCUGAUAUCGUAUGGAGUUGUCAUCUUUAUUAUGGCUGAGUUACCUGAGUAAAUGAGUAAUCAGGGAAGGGAACUAUUUCCCUUAACCCGUAUAUGGAAGUGCAA